GGUGUUCUAUUUGUAUUGUUUUGUGUUCAGAUUGUGAAACUAUUAAUACUUUGAAGCGCCUGGCUUGUAGAAUAUUUCCGCCCGCGCCCCCCGCCCCAUCUCUGGUGGAUUGCUUCUUGUUCUCAGCUCUUAGGGGGCUUAACGUCUCUCAGCUUUGGCGAUAACGCUUGAGAAUCGGUCCGCGGAGUGACACGGGAUGUAAAAAACCCGGAAAAGCUCAAGGGUCAAGAUGGUGGUUAUAAAACCGACCGCUGUGGUGAUCGGUAAGCAGCUACAUGUAUCAAAAUAACUCUGGAAUUUCGUAAAAAUAAGGCCUACUUGGGUCUUAGUUUUUAGGUAGGCAGGAUCAGUGCGCCACUGAGAGAGACCAAAUCAUAUUUUACGUAUUAGCAUCCGAGCUGACAUGGAUUCCGGAACCGACGGCUUCCUACCGCCACCUGAGUGCCCAGUGUUCGAGCCUACCUGGGCUGAGUUCCGAGACCCGCUUGACUACAUCGCGAAAAUCAGGCCCAUAGCCGAAAAAUCGGGCAUUUGCAAGAUCCGACCGCCCGCGGACUGGCAGCCUCCCUUUGCAGUAGAAGUUGACAACUUCAAAUUUACUCCUAGAAUCCAGAGGCUAAAUGAACUAGAGGCUGAGACCAGAGUGAAACUGAACUAUUUGGACCAAAUUGCAAAAUUCUGGGAAUUCCAAGGUUCUUCAUUAAAAAUUCCCAAUGUGGAGCGGAGGAUCUUGGACCUCUACAGCCUUAGUAAGAUUGUGAUGGAGGAAGGGGGCUAUGAAGCUAUCUGCAAGGACAGGCGGUGGGCCCGAGUUGCCCAGCGUCUCCGUUACCCACCAGGCAAAAAUAUUGGCUCCCUGCUAAGAUCUCACUAUGAACGCAUCAUUUACCCCUAUGAAAUGUUUCAGUCUGGAGCUAAUCUUGUGUGUAACACUCACCCAUUUGACAGUGAAGAUAAAGACAAGGAGUAUAAACCCCACAGCAUUCCCCUUAGGCAGUCUUUGCAGCCUUCCAAGUUCAGCAGCUAUAGUCGCCGGGCAAAAUGGCGACAGCCUGAUCCGGUGCCCACUGAAGAGGACAUUAAGAAGAAUCCGGAGCUGAAGAAGUUGCAGAUUUAUGGAGCGGGCCCCAAGAUGAUGGGCUUGGGCCUUAUGGCCAAGGAUAAGACUUUACGGAAGAAAGAUAAAGAAGGGAUCAUAUGCCCCCACGCUAUUACAAUGAAGGAGGAGCCAAGUGGGGAUGGGAAAGUGAUGUUAACAUUGCCCAAGGAGGACUUGAAUCACAACCUAGAGCCUUGCACCAAGAGGACCAGGCGUCUACAAAAGAAUCACUGCAGUGCCCAGUUUAUUGACUCAUAUGUUUGCCGAAUAUGCUCCCGAGGGGAUGAAGAUGAUAAACUUCUUCUCUGUGAUGGCUGUGAUGACAAUUAUCACAUCUUCUGCCUAUUGCCACCCCUUCCUGAAAUCCCCAGAGGGGUUUGGAGGUGCCCAAAGUGUAUAAUGGCGGAGUGUAAAAGGCUCCCUGAAGCCUUUGGCUUUGAGCAAGCCACCCAGGAGUACACUUUGCAGAGCUUUGGUGAAAUGGCUGAUUCCUUCAAGGCUGACUACUUUAACAUGCCUGUACAUAUGGUACCUACAGAACUUGUGGAAAAGGAAUUCUGGAGGUUGGUGAGCAGCAUUGAGGAGGAUGUGACAGUUGAGUAUGGAGCAGACAUUCAUUCUAAAGAAUUUGGCAGUGGUUUUCCUGUCGCCAGUAGCAAAGGGAACCUGUCCCCUGAGGAGGAGGUAAUACAGAUGGAGUAUGCGACCAGUGGUUGGAAUUUGAAUGUGAUGCCUGUUCUGGAUCGGUCUGUUCUCUGCCACAUCAAUGCAGACAUCUCUGGCAUGAAGGUUCCCUGGCUAUAUGUGGGCAUGGUAUUCUCAGCAUUUUGUUGGCAUAUUGAGGAUCACUGGAGUUAUUCCAUUAACUACUUGCACUGGGGUGAGCCAAAGACCUGGUAUGGGGUGCCCUCGCUGGCAGCAGAGCAUUUGGAGGAGGUGAUGAAGAGGCUGACACCUGAGUUGUUUGAUAGCCAGCCUGACCUUCUACAUCAGCUUGUCACCCUCAUGAAUCCAAACACCCUCAUGUCCCAUGGUGUGCCAGUUGUUCGCACAAACCAAUGUGCAGGAGAAUUUGUCAUCACUUUUCCUCGUGCUUACCACAGUGGUUUUAACCAAGGCUACAACUUUGCUGAGGCUGUCAACUUUUGCACUGCUGACUGGCUACCAGCUGGACGCCAGUGCAUCGAACACUACCGCCGGCUCCGGCGUUACUGUGUCUUCUCCCAUGAGGAGCUCAUCUGCAAGAUGGCUGCCUUCCCUGAGAAGCUGGACUUGAAUAUGGCUUUGGCUGUGCACAAGGAGAUGUUCAUAAUGGUGCAGGAGGAGCGACGUUUACGAAAGGCCCUGUUGGAGAAGGGCAUCACGGAGGCUGAACGAGAGGCUUUCGAGCUGCUCCCAGAUGAUGAACGCCAGUGCAUCAAGUGCAAGACGACGUGUUUCCUAUCAGCCUUGGCCUGCUAUGACUGCCCAGAUGGCCUUGUCUGCCUUUCACACAUCAACGACCUCUGCAAGUGUUCAAGUAGCCGGCAGUACCUUCGGUAUCGAUACACCUUGGAUGAACUCCCCACCAUGCUGCAUAAGCUGAAGGUUCGGGCUGAGUCCUUUGACUCCUGGGCCAACAAAGUACGAAUGGCUCUGGAGGUGGAAGAUGGCCGAAAGCGCAGCUUUGAAGAGCUAAGGGCACUGGAGUCUGAGGCCCGUGAGAGAAGAUUUCCUAACAGUGAACUGCUUCAACGAUUGAAGAACUGCCUGAAUGAAGCAGAAGCUUGUGUCUCCCAAGUCCUGAGACUAGUCAGUGGCCAAAAGGCUAGAGUUGAAACUCCACAGUUGACCCUGACAGAGCUCCAGGUCCUUCUUGAGCAGAUGGGCAGCCUGCCCUGUGCCAUGCAUCAGAUUCGGGAUGUCAAAGGUGUCCUGGAACAGGUGGAGGCCUACCAAGCUGAUGCCCGGAAGGCCCUAGGUUCCCUGUCCCCUAGUCUAGGGCUCCUGCGGUCCUUGUUGGAGAGGGGGCAGCAACUGGGUGUGGAAGUGCCUGAAGCCCAUCAGCUCCAGCAGCAGAUGGAGCAGGCACGAUGGCUAGAUGAAGUGAAGCAAGCACUGGCUCCUACAGCCCAAAAGGGUUCCCUGGUCAUCAUGCAGGCGCUGUUGGUUACAGGCACCAAGGUAGCCUCCAGCCCUUCUGUGGAUAAGGCCCGGGCUGAGCUUCAGGAGCUGCUGACCAUUGCAGAAUGCUGGGAGGAAAAGGCCCAUUUCUGCUUGAAGGACAGGCAGAAGCAUUCACCAGCGACACUGGAAGCCAUUAUCCAUGAGGCAGAAAACAUCCCUGUUUACCUGCCUAACAUUCAGGCACUCAAAGAUGCUCUGACUAAGGCACAGGCAUGGAUUGCUGAUGUGGAUGAGAUCCAAAAUGGUGACCACUACCCGUGCUUGGAUGACUUGGAGGGCCUAGUAGCUGUGGGCCGGGACCUACCUGUGGGUCUAGAAGAGCUGAGACAGCUAGAGCUGCAGGUACUGACAGCACACUCCUGGAGAGAGAAGGCAUCCAAGACCUUCCUGAAGAAGAAUUCAUUUUACACACUUCUAGAGGUGCUCUGCCCAUGUGUAGAUGCUAGCUCAGACGGCAAUAGACGGAGCCGGUGGAUGGAGAGGGAGCUGGGAUUAUGCAUAUCUGACACAGAGCUGCUGGGACUGUCUGCACAGGACCUCAGGGACCCAGGCUCUGUGAUUGUGGCCUUCAAGGAGGGGGAACAGAAAGAAAAGGAGGGUAUCCUGCAGCUGCGUCGCACCAACUCUGCCAAGCCCAGUCCACUGGCAUCAUCGACCACGGCUGCCUCUGCAACUUCCAUCUGUGUGUGUGGGCAGGUGCCAGCUGGGGUGGGAGCUCUGCAGUGUGACCUUUGUCAGGAGUGGUUCCACGGGGGAUGUGUGUCGGUACCCCGCCUUCUCAGCUCCCAAAGGCCCAGUCUCACCUCAUCCCCACUGCUGGCCUGGUGGGAGUGGGACACCAAAUUCUUGUGUCCUUUGUGCAUGCGCUCACGGCGCCCACGCCUAGAGACCAUCCUGGCACUGCUGGUAGCCCUGCAAAGACUGCCUGUGCGGCUGCCUGAGGGUGAGGCACUUCAGUGCCUCACAGAGAGAGCCAUUGGCUGGCAAGGCCGUGCUAGGCAGGUUCUGGCUUCUGAGGAUGUGACAGCUCUAUUGGGACAGCUGGCCGAAGUUCGUCAACAGCUCCAGGCUGAACCCAGGCUAGAGGAGCUCCCUACCCAGCUUUCAGCCCCUGCCUUUGAGCCUCUGAGAGGAGGAGGUAGCAAGGAUAUGCCUAAGGUCCAGGGGUUGCUGGAAAAUAGAGACAGAAUGACGUGUCCUGAGGAGGUAGCCCUUGCACAGGACCCAAGUAAGAGAGAUCUGGACCUGCUGUCCUCAUUAUUGCCACAGUUAUCUGGUCCUGUAUUAGAACUGUCCGAAGAAACCCGGGCCCCACUGGAGGAGCUCAUGUUGGAGGGUGAUCUGCUUGAGGUUACCUUGGAUGAAAACUACAGCAUCUGGCAGCUGCUGCAGGCUGGGCAGCCUCCAGACCUGAAGCGGAUUCGUACACUUCUGGAGCUGGAGAAGCCUGAGCAUCAAGGAAGUCGGACAAGGGUCCGGACAUUGGAGAAGCGACAGCGGCGACAACAGAAAGUAGAUCUGGGUAGAAAUAGCAAGGAUCUUCAAGAAGAGCUAGAGGCAAAAAAAGCCCGGAGCUCAGGAGUUAAGCCUGAGGAACAAGAGUUUGUUGAGGAAGCAGAACAUGAAAAUAUACUUCUAACACCGACAGACCAUAGUCCCAUUUUGAAAGGAAACCGGAAUAGCUUACAACAGAAAGAUUCAGAUCCUAUGAUCUCUUUACCUUCUUUAACCCCUUUACUACACUUGUCUUACCCUCGGCACCAAGUGUUGUGACAAGCAGCAUAAAAGUUGUUUUAUUUUGAAUUUCAUUGCUUUCUAGGCCUUCCUAAAUCCUGCACCUUCUUUCCUAUUGAGAAUUUGUCCCUUUAGUGUUUAAUGCCCUAAAGGAAGUGUUUUAAAGUCAUUUCCUAAGGACAGUGCACUGUAUGCCUCUUUCCAGAAGUCUCUUGGCAGCAGCAUUACUGGGUUUAGCAUACAGUGAUUUUCUAAGCCAGUUUCAUUCUAGACUGUGGCAAAUAAAACUUGAGAAAGGCAAA